AUGAGCCCCCCUUCUCCCAAGAAGAGCGGCAAUCCUCCACCGCGACAAAUCCGCUUUGUCGCAACCGACGGCCAGCCGCAAACCAAGCGCCGCCGGGUCAACGCCGCUUGUCUCACAUGUCGCCGGCGCAAGAUUCGAUGUUCAGGCGAGCAACCAGUUUGCAAGACAUGCUCUGACUAUAAGCACACUUGUCUUGGAUAUACCGACUCGACCGCCCAUCUGCGAACACAGUCCGAUUCUACAACCCGUGCUCCGCCGAAUCUGUCCGGUCAGAAUGGAUCUAGUGAGCGUGUUACCCGGGCUGUCGAGAGUUGUUCUCCGGAGCCGGUCCGGACAACCAUGUCCAAGCCUGCGGUGGACAAGUCGCCUAAAGUGAAAGCGCCGGAUGGAAAGGAUGCCUCCAAUCGGGAACCAUCGCGGGUGAACAAAGAGUUGGAUACACAAGUGGCUAUUGACAGUCCACGGAGCAGAGGGACCUCUGUGAGCUCAGGGAAUCGCACCCACGUCCCAUACUUUCGAUACUUUGGACCGACCGCGAUCGUGCCCGGCUUUAAGCAGAUGGUCGUACAAAUUCGAGGCUCUCGCAAGAGUAAUGCUUCUGCGUCUUCAGAUUCCCUCUCUCCUCUUCGGAGCCCCAAGCCUUCCGGUAUCACGACUGGACCCUCGGCCCCGAUAGCAGAGAACCGUGAUAAUCGCGACGCAAAUACGAUCCCAUUCUACGACCGAGAUGAUACGCUGCCUGUUUCGAACCUUGUGUCCCAUUUAUGCGAUCUCUUCUUCGCCCAUUUGGGUUGCAGUUUUCCAUUCCUACAGCGCGACAGAUUCCUUCAAGACCUCAAAGACAAAAGAGUUGAUACCAUGUUGGUAGAUGCGGCCCAGCCUAUCGAUAAUUCGCAGCAACCACUAGACGUCAAAAAAUGGGAUCGGGGUCUACCUUUCGGUCACCGAGCAAUGAGCGCCUUGUUUGGGUCGAAUCAUGAUAGUGGCCUGUGGAUGUAUCUCGGGAUAUCGAUUCGGAUGGCCCAGGACCUUGGUUUGCAAAAGUUCCAAGGCCUAAAACACAGCUAUGGCCAGAGAGGAGUCACACCAAGCGAAGUUAUGACCGGACAUGCUGGGAAUUUAAGGGAAGAUCAAUACGAUGACCUUGAUGUGCAUCAUACUCCGAAGAUGACGCCAAAGCCUCUGAGUUCGGAACGGGCUCGAGAACGGGAACGUGUUGAUUCGUUCUGGAGCAUCUUCUUCCUGGACAGAGUAAUCUCGUCGGGCACCGGACGACCAGUGACAUUACGCGAUGAGGAUAUUGAGCUCUGCUUUCCUCUUCAAUCUGAAUCUCAACUACCGAACGGGUGGCCUGCACCGUUCCCGCCGCUUAUUCGUAUCAUUCACCUCUACGGGCGAGUGACCGAUCUUAUCAACGGGAUUCAGGAUGUUAAGCGCGUUACACCGGAUACCCUCAAGAUGCUUGCUGGGAUGGAAAGCGACCUUACUGGUAUCUACCAACGUCUAUCUCCGCGGCUUUAUUUCAACGCGGCCAACUUCCAGGCCUAUGUCAAGGCCAAGGAAGGGACUAAUUUCAUCCUUCUUCACUUCUGGUUCCACACGCUUAUCGUCCUGCUGCACCAGCCGACACUUUUGAACUCCUUCGGCGGGACAAUCCAACAUCUCUACCCCAACAGUCGAGAACUGUCCAUGUCAUCUGCCAAAACCAUCGCGGAUAUUCUUUCUUUCUCAGAACUCAUCGAUGGUAAAAGUUUUAUCGGUAACCCGUUUACGAGUCAGCCGAUGUACAUUGCGGCUUGUGCGUUCCUCAUGGAAAGUGCAUAUUACACAUCUCCGUCGAGCUCUGGCUCGCCUCCACCGCAACCAUUAUUGACGAACCAGUCCAGCGGAUUUGUGAUGCCUACCAUGGAAUCAUCCAAUGGAACAGAACGAAAGUCCACUCAAAAGCAUAUCCUGCUAGCUUCUGCUGCCAAGGAGAACUAUCAACGGUGCUACAAGGCCCUGAAAGCACUUAAUACGUACUGGGAAGGCACAGGGUAUAUAUUGACAGUACUGGAUCAGAAGGCCAAGGGAAUCGUCGAUCCUCUUCUUUAUACCGUGGAAGAUAUGGAGAACGCCGAUGGGUUCGCUCCAGGGCAGCCUCUCGGGUCGGGGCCUUGGCGGGCAGGCAAAACACGGGCAGACUCUAGCUUUGAUCCGGAAAGAGCAGGCGUGGCUGACAUCUCAUCGGAUGGAAGGCGGUCACCACUUAUUGAUCCAAGUCAAGCAAUCGGAUGGGCACUUGCAGGAGCCACGGGCUCUGCUCAGCCGAAUUUGAGCUUGCUUUAUCAGAUGCCCACGACUCAGAAUGAACAUCUUCCCAAUAAGCAAACAUACUCAUCCCGAUACAGCCACAGCUACCCUAUCCUCUCUCCAAAUGCCGGAGAAGGGCCCAGCUCCUAUGCCCAACCUCUCGCCCAACCGCAUGGCCUUGAAAAGCACACAUCAACCCUCACAACUCCGAACCCCAAAUACUCGCAUGUUCCAUCCCCAAGCCUCGGCAAUGAACCCUACUAUAUGAACAUGGAUCCAUCAUACCCAGAAUCAAGCACUCAAACAGCAAGACCGCUCUUCCCCAAUCUCCCAUCGUCCCAAAUGGAACCACAACCUUCCUACAACUACUCCAUACCUCCCACGACCGCAGAACACCCAAGCAGAAAUCAGAUGGGCUCUCGCGGCCCUGAUCUCCCCCCGACGAUGAUGAAUACGGAUAACGGGAUGAUGAUUGGAACCCACGACGUUGAUAUGAACUCCCUCCAUCAGCAGGACUCAUUCCCUUUUGCAAACGGCGAGAUCAUACCCUGGCUGGAGUAUCUCCCACAAGAUGUCCUCAGCUUUUUUGGCGAUCAUCAAAAUUUUCCCCUCAUGAGCCCUGACGAUGCGACACCACGACCUCCCCGGUGGCUUGAUGAUCGACCUGUCAUCCGUCGAUCCGUUGCCCUGCACAACGGGGCGUUCUCCAAACCGUACACAGAGAGUGGACUAUCUCACACUCCGGCAGCCGCAGUGUAUGACAAUCCUAUGGCACGGUUAAAUGACGAUAGUCAGCACGACGCAUCAACAGACAUCCUAAGCCCGCAACCAUUCGCCCCUCAAGGCAAAGGCUUCCUCGUUUCGUCGCUCGAAUCAAAACACAGCAAUGCCCAAAUGUCCAACCACGACUAUGAAUACAACUCCUCAUCCUCCUCAACCCGCCACUCAACAAGCGACGUCUUCGGCCACGAAAUAGACGACGAGCUAGAACACCUCAAGUCUAGAGCCUCGAGUCGCUCAUCGCUAUCUUCCAUCCCGGCUUCCGUCCUUAUCCACCCAGUCGACCGCAUAAAGCAAAUGAAACAAAUGCCCGACAUGGAUAUUCACGAGAAGAUCGCCGGCUAUAACAAUAGGGAAGAGUCGGAGGCUAGCUUUGGUGAUUUCAACGAGGUCCCUGCUAAUAUUCGCACUAUCCGACAGCGCGAAGCGGCAUUCAGGAAACCGAGCUCAGUUAGAGCUUUACAGAUGCAUACAGAGGACGAGGCUGAUGAUGAUGACUACUUGACGCCGCCGCGCCGACGGGCAGGUCUACGCUCGCCAGGCUCUUCCCCAUUGAAGCGUUCCCCCUACUACUCACCUAAUGGGUCGCAGAGCAAGCCGAAAGCCAAGAAGGAGAGGGAGCGAGAGAAGGAAAAAGAGAAAGAGAAAGAGUUCCCUCUGGUCCUCCUACACUGCACAAUACUUUCACCAUCAAUCCCCGUCCCCGGAGCCACAGACCCCCGAAACCAGGAUAUCCUCGAAGAAACCCUACCAUCAGAAUACUGGAAGCGAUGGCGGCGACUCCAAGAUCGAGUCGGAUCGGGCGUUCUCCGCGAUAGAGGCGUCCUAAUCUCGCACCCAGAAGACCUAUACGACAUGCUCGAAGAAAGACUCCUAGAAAGCUUAGAGCUGCAACGCCCCCGCCUGCAAAACGGGCACUUCCUCGGCCGCGAGGAAACCGACACAGCCGACGAACGCGAGAUGUCCGACGUCGGCGAAAGCGAAACAGACGGCGAACAAGGCGACGCCUGUCCAGACUGCGGCAGCCACGUCCGACAUGGUGACAGCAACCGCAAAUGGGAGAUACGCGUCUUCGCCGCGAAUGGGCUCAUGCGCGCGGGUGCGUGGGCUGCUGCGUGGCGCGAUAUGGAGAAGGUCGAUGUCGAGGUUGGGCUUUGGUUGCCAUCUGAUGUGCGGCGUGCUUUGGAACGACGGUUGGGCGAGGAGUCGAUGGCUCUUACACAUGCGCAUGACAGAUCUAUGUCUAUGUUUAUGUCUACGCCACAGAUGGGAUCGCCUUCGCUGCUUGAUGCUGAUAAUCGGAUUGUACCUGAGAUGAUGCAGUCGCCUAUGCCUGGGCAUGUGCGUAUGGCUUCUGAUGCUGGGUCUUUCCAGUCAGAGGCUGUGCUUUCGCGACAGGCUCUUCUUGAGGGCCGGAGGGAUUCUGUGCCGGAGUUCCGGCAUGAGAAGGUGGAGCGGCGGCAGCAGGGGAAGCAGCAGGGGGAGCAUCAGGUUGCGUUGAGGGUUCUCAUAGUCAAUUACCUCCGUGUCCUUGCUGCUGACCGGCGCAACGUUGCGCUUGUUUUGUUGAGUGUCCUCGUGGCUUUUCUUGCUAUUGGCUCUGUUCAGCAGCAGUUGCCGCCGUCUUUUGAUACCCGUCCCCUGCCCCGGGAUUUGGGGUAUGAUGUGCUGGAGCCUUUGGACGUUUCCAGUUCCAGCGUUGCCUUGGCGCCUUCUGUUCCUGUUGUGAGCUCGAUUGCUCCUGUAUCGACUGUUGAUUCUAUACUUCGUACUGGAGACUUGGACGAAGAUAAGACUUUGUCAUCUGAGACUCCGGAGCCGGUUACUGCCUCUGUUGAACCGUUUGCGCCCACGGAGGCUGCGGAGACUUUCACAGCACCCGAGGUGCUGGAGACACCUGAACCUGAAGGUGAAGAGCACCCGGAAUCAUCUAAGGCUUCUCUCAAUUCUGCUGGAACUUCCUUUGUGCCCACCGAGUCUUCCGAAGGUGCGGACGAGGCUCAGGUGCUCGAGACCGCUCAAUCUGAAAUCGAAGACACGGGUGAACCCCCUUCGUCUUCGACCGACUCUGUUGAAACCCCCGCCGCGUCUAUGGAGCCGACCGACCAACCUCAGUCCCAACCAGAGGAACUGGAGGAGGAUGAUGCUCUCGUUGACUCUAUCCAGUCUUCUGCAGUAUCAGAAGAGCCAGAGACCGCGACUUUACCCCCGACAUCGGAAAGCAACCAAUCCGAGUCCGAUAUCCAAGAAGAACUCUUUUGA